AUGACAUACCGGCGCCCGAGGUUAAAACACGGUACGUCUGCAGUACGCGACAAACAUCAUAAUCAAUGAGCCAUGCGGUCCGAAAAAUAGAAAAGAUCUGAACUUUCGAGCUCAAGCCCACUUUCCAACUGACGAGGGAAGGUCCCAGGUGUUUCCCUGGGAUUUCAAAGCAAUGUAUCCCACUUUGCUAAUUUAAGGAUGCUGAUUACGAAUCUGAAAACCAUUCGUGCUCUCGUUCAAUCCUUCAAGAGUUAUACGCAUUUUAUUUUAAUAGU